CAGGCGCAGAGCAGCGCAGCGGAUGGCUAAGCGCGGCUGAGGCGCUCGGUGCGGGUCAGACACGCGGAGCGGCCGGACGUGGGCAGGUUGCUUUGGUGUACUGGGAUUAAGGUCCUUUCUGUGGCAACCGCAUGAUAACAGAUACUGCUAAUGAACUGAAUAGGUGGAAUGGAACUAUUUCUGUGUGGCACAUUAUCUGGUAAAGCCUUGGGUUGUGGAGAAAUCACAAGAUUCUUGGACCUUGUCAUCAGCUGUAUGGCGCAUUUCCUGCAAGGAUAACCUUUGUCCCUGAUUACUGCCAGAGCUGUGUGGUUCGAAGGGAGGAGAACACUUUGUUGCUACUUCCACAUCUGAGAAAUGUCGAAAGCUACAGGUUCAAAGUCCAGGUCGCAGUCAUCCCACUCAAGGUCCCGCUCUCGGUCCCGUUCCCGAUCCUUUACAAGGUCUCGGUCACGGUCUCGGUCACGGUCUCACUCUAGGAAACGGAAGUACAGCCCUAGGUCUCGUUCCAGGUCGUAUUCUCCAACUCAUAACCGGGAGAGGAAUUAUCCGCGAGAGUACCAGCCUCGGGAGUUUCGAGGGCACCGGGGCUACAGACGGCCCUUCAUCCAGCGUCGAGGGCGAGGCUACUACCCUAGGGGUAACUGGAACAACCGUGGUGGUUACGGCAACUACGGAAACUAUAACCAUUACGGUAACUACCGGCCCAACUGGCACAACUACCGCUCGACCUACAGCCCUCGGCGGGGCCGGUCCCGCUCACGAUCACCCAAGCGGAGGUCGGCGUCACCGAGAUCCAGGAGCCGCUCCAGGUACACUGACAAGUCGUCGUCCAGCAGGUCAGGCAGGUCGUCCUCAUCCAGGUCUCGCUCCUCUCCUCACCGCAGUCGCUCCGCCUCCCCUAAACGGCGGAGCAAGAAAAAUAAAUCGUCCCAGAAGGAGGCAGCCACCUCUCAGCCACCUGUCCAAGAGUCUGAAGACCAGCAGAAGCGGUCCCCCGAGGAUGGGCAGACUGGGAAUGGUGGCUCGGAGGCUCCCGCUGGUCUGGCCCCCAAACGUGGCGAUUCAUGGAAAGGUCUGACUGCCUACGAUGCCAGCCCCAAGCAUCCUAGCCCUGCCCCACGCUCUACUGUGGUGCUGAAGACCAGUUCACCAUUGCAUUCCAGCCCAAGCCAGCAGAGCCCCCCGCAGUCAAGCGUGGCCCGCCACACUUCACCACAUGGGAGCCCCUCACAGCUGAGUCCUCAGGGCCGCAGCCCAACCAGGCCGAACACCUCUCACCAGAGUCCGCCGUCACUCGGCUCUUCAAUUCGUAGCCUGCCUCGUCAAACCUCGGCCAAUCACAGCCCACCUCAGAGGAGUCCACCACUGACGAGUCUUGCACAGGGCAAUGCACAGAAAGAGGAAACACGGCCAGGAAUGUCUGGCUUAUUUGCGGAGCAGCCAGCCCCAACUAUCCCUUCAUAUCUAAAGAGGUAUGUUCCAAAAAGUGUGGUGAAAACGGAAUUCCAUGUGAAAAAUAUUCCAGAGAAAGGCAACCGUAGCAGCCAAUCCCCCAAACGGUUCAAGGGCGGAGUUUCAGAGGAGUUUGAAAAAAUUUCGAAAGCAGAGAUACGUCACAAAUUUAGUUAUGAUGAAGAGGAAGUGGAGGAGCAUGCUAAAGAAUACCCAUCCAAGAACCAAAAGGAAUAUGGAUAUGAGGAUGAGCCCAAGUACAGGAGCAAAUUAAUCGCAAGUAAAACUCAGGAGAGGUAUGAUGAGGAGGAUGAGGAGGAGGAAGACGAUGAUGAUGAUGAGAAUGAUAGGCCACGUAAACGGGAAGAAGUGAAUUUCUUUAAGCAGAUUGCUAUCUCCAAGGAGAAGUUUAGGGAGGUGGAGAAUGUGGAGGAUGAGGAAAUAAUACCCGAGAGAUUUAAAAAAGAGGACCGCUUUCAAACAAAGAAAGUAGAUGGGAACAGAUACCGGGAGGUAUCACCCAUGAAAACAUCAAAAUAUAAGGCAGGCCGAGCAGAAAGUCCUCUUCCGCCAAGGAAGAGCUCUGAGGCCAAAGAGCAGGAAGAUGUCACUGCUCUGGAGGAGAGCCCCCCAGUGCUCAAACCAGCUCAUCGUCCUACAGAGGUGACACUGAAAAUGGAUUCCUUGCAGUUUGGCGAUGAUGUCCUCGGCUCUGCCAACAUCCUGACCCAUGAACGACGGCUUUGUCGUGACCUUGUUCACAAACCCAAAAAAGAUCAAGAGUUCCGUUCCAUCUUCCAGCAUAUUCAGAUGGCCCAGACUCGACGUAGCCCUUCAGAGUUAUUUGCUCAGCACAUUGUGACUUUGGUUCACCAUGUGAAAGAGCAUUACUUCAAAUCAGCAGGAGUCACAUUAAAUGAACGUUUUACAAUGUACCAAAGGAGAACAGCUGAGCAGGAAGUUCCCAGGCAGAAGAGCCCAGAAAUUCAUAGGCGGAUUGAUAUUUCACCCAGUGCUCUAAAGAAACGUAUGCAUCUCCGUGAUGAAGUAAAGAAUCCGAAGGAAAGCAGCUAUAAGGGAGAAGGAAAAUUAAGGGAUGAACUGGAUGACCUGCGCCAAGAUAUUGAGCAACGUAGAAAAUAUAAAAGCAAGGAAGGAGAGCAUAAAAAAGAUAGUUCCAAAGAUUCAAGAGAUUCAAGCCAUUCACGUGAACGCUCAAAGGAAAAAUCUGGAAAAGUUCCCAAAGCUUACAAGGAAUCGAAAAAGCAAAGGAAACGCAAGAAAAUCAGAGCAAGGUCCAGCUCAUCAAGCUCCUCCUCCUCCUCCUCCUCUCCAUCGCAGGAGGGAAAAGAUGAAAGAGAAGAGGGGGUGGGCCGUGAAGAACCCACUCCUGGUUUUAACAAAGCUCGGCUUGGAACAAGGGAGUUCACAGGCCCACCAACUCGAGGCAGAGCACGUGGAACUUUUCAGUUCAGAAUAAGAGGAAGAGGAUAUGGCAGGGGAGCGUUUCCUGGUCCCAGCAAUAGCAGUAACACUGGUAACCCAACUUUCCAAAAGCGACCCCGUGAAGAGGACUGGGAUCCUGAGUACACGCCAAAAAGCAAAAAGUACUACCUGCACGAUGACCGUGAGGGAGACGGGGAUAACUACUGGGCAAACAAAAGGGGUCGCGGUGCUUUCCAGCGAGGGAGAGGCCGUUUUCUGUACAAAAAGUCCAACACCAGCCCCAAGUGGACACACGACAAAUAUCAAGGCAGUGGACAGGAAGGUGUGGAGGAGGAAGAGGAGGAGGAGGAGGAGGAUGGGCAAGUUGCUGGCAUCGCCACCCAGGAGGAGAAAAAUCUGGGUGCGUUGGAACAGUAGCGGCAAAAGGACUGGGCCUACCUAUGGCAACAGUGCAUUGAUUUGAGUAUAGAAACUGAUCACUAGGAUUGGUCACAAGAGAUUUCUUCAUCCAGAUCUCUUUAGGGUUUACAAUGUAGUAGGUUAUUUGUUUUGGUGGGGGCAAGGGUAUAGGACCCUUUUGAGAUUGAAAGGACCAAAAACAUCUGUCUUUAAUGCAACUUACUAUAUAAAGUGCAGUGCAGGCGUCGUACCUGUGUUGUAAUACCACACUAGUUGACAUCCAAACACCACAGGUUGCCCUGGGGCUGUGAUUCCCCUCCCCCAUGUAUUUAGAGACGUAUAAGAGCGCAUGAUGGUGCGACUUGUGUACACCUGAUAUUACAAACCUUCCUGAGCUACUGGGUUCAGUUUGUGAUAGGAGACUGCUGCAAAAAUGUGAAACUGAUACGGGGAGGAAGAAAGAAUACUGUUAGAUAUCUCCCUCCACAAGUCGCACCCUGCAAUCUAGAAGAAAUUUCUCCCCAAAUUGUUGUUUUUCUGAGCCCCAGAUAUUGCCGCAUGCUUAUUUUAUUAUUAUGGGUUUUAAAACACUUUCACUUUUGAUGCAGCUUUAUAGUGGUACAUGUUUCAAGGAUCCUCCUCCAUUUCUUUUCACUUGUUCCUUUUGCAAUCUGCACAUCUCCAUAUUUGGUUACGACGCUUGGCUUGUGCUUUAUCACCAAUGUGACUGACAGCAAGAGUGGUUUCUAUAUUUUUGUUUUAGUUUUUUUUAAAAAAAAGCGACUGGCGAUUCAUCUUGGGCCUAACUCGCUGUUUAUUUGUAGUGUUGAGAAAAAAGUGUGAACCACCCCUGAAUUUGUUCUGAUUGUUCAUGUAGGGAAUUGUCCGAGUUAACAAACUUAAUGCCCGGAAGGAUCACUUUAAACCUCCGUACCUCGGCCCUGAUCUUCUAUCUAUCUUCUAGCUUGCAAAGAGCUAUGGGUUAAAUUGAAACAAUUCAUUUUAUUUCAUAAGUUGUUGAUGGCUCAACAAGUUUAUCCAUUUGAGCUGGUUCCUGGCCAGUGUUGCUGUUGCUGUGGCUUGUCUUUGUUGUUUUGUCAUUGGGUUAAGGAGAAGGGAUUCUGCCAGUGUUUCUUGUUCUUGAUCACAUUACACUGCUUGUGCUGGAAAGGCUGUGUAUUUCGAUACUGCUUGAGAACAUGAUUGGUCUUGAGCAAGGUACUGGAGAGAAAAAAGUUAGUGUGGGAAAAAUAUCAUUUUAAAAGGGAGAAAAGGUUUUAACGUGGCUCUGAGCAUUGUUUGUACCAGCUUUUAGCAUUUGGCAUGGUCUCCACUCCCCACCCCCCCCCCCCCCCCCAGCCACUGUUAGCAAAAACAAUUGGAAUGGGUUGAGAGAGGCUGGACAAGGAAUAGGAAUUGAGAUUCAAAUUAAUGGGGAGAUUCAACUGUUCUCAAAUAUUCUUUAAACCUUGUCAAAAUAAAAGCUCUGCAAAAUAUGAAAUAAUUAUAUGAAACAAGCUGAUCUUUCAUGUACAAGUGUCAAUUAAUUUAGUUUGCUCAUUUAUGAUAAAAGUUAGAUUGUGCAGUCUUGACUAAACGAAGUGCUUGUGACAGUUUCCUUGUGCACAUCUGCAGUGUGAAGUUGUGCAGUUCAGUUGCCCAUCUACUGCAGGCAAAUUGUCUACCUUCUGUGAUAUCCCUCCCGCAAAUGGUCCCAUUAAAAUUCAUCCCUGCGGGGUACAAGACCCCAAAUUGAUACAAUAGCUUUAAAGUUGUGUUGGCCGUUCACUAUCUUCCAUUCUUCUGUCCCAAUUUCCUGCCCCCCCCCCCAAAAAAAAUUGAGAACUUAUCAACCUGGAAAGUGGGAGCAAUACAAGUAUUAAUAAAUGAUUAUAAAUUCCUUUUGAUUUUUGUUAUUGGGAAAUUCUUUAGUCCGAAUUCAAAUGUUGCAUCACCUUGUUGCUUUAGAUCUUGGAAUUAAUGUUAUUGAACAGACAUUGGAUAAACAUUUAGAUACAUUUUAUAUUGACAAUCAGCUGUCUCACCUCCACUCCGUGCCUAGCCUCCCUGUUCUUCUCUAAUGCAUCUUGCUUAAUCCCUUUAUUUUGUAUCUUUUUAUGUAUGUAUCAAAAAAAUAAUUAAAAAAAUGACACAUGCUCUUGGCUGCAGGAACUAUAUUGAAUUUUUUUAUACAUAGAAGUAACUAGUUUUGUGGGGAGGGGAACAUGAAAUGGGAGGAGUAUGACGGUUGCACUAUUUUUGUAAAGUUUUGCUGAACUGCCUUAUCACUAAAAGAAUUGUUAAAAGUCACUCUUGUCCAGAAUUGAACCAGAUUUGUAUCUCUCCAAUUAUUUGUGUUCUGUUUUGUUACCGUGGUUUCGUCCCUAGUCUAAAAUGGCAUUCUGUCAUCAACUUAGUCCCCCAACCCUCCCUCAAACUGUGAUUUUGCUGAGGUUCAAAGCAUUGUGUUAAAUUUUAAUUAAAUUUCUGUGCCAGCGUCA